AUGCCAGUUUCUACCGUUUCAGCAGGAGUCAGCACAAUUGGCAUUCAGAUCGUUACAACAUGGUGUUGUAAACGUGAUGAUUAUAUCAACACAUACGAAGUUGGUACCUACCAGCUGCCACGUAGCUUAGCACAAGAAUCAGGUGCUCAGCACAAAGUGGUAGCAAAGAUUGAUUUGAACUUGCGUGCUGAAAGAUCGAAAUCUGGUUCUGAGGGUACCGUAUCUGAAAUUACUUGA